AUGCUCGAAGCCCGCCUCAGCGAGGCAAUCGUCCUCAAGCGUGCUCUCUACGCCUUCAAAGAGCUUCGAGCAGACAACAUCGCCUGCAGAUAUAGCGAAGAUGCCAUCACGCUCCAGGCGUUCGACAAGCCCCGCGUCGUGCUCGUCAUCGUCAGACUCGCCGCCUCCGCCUUUGAGCGCUAUCUCUGCGACCGCCGGAGGACCCUCAGGGUGAAACUCGAUUUACUGACCAAGGUGCUCCAAUGUGCGAAAUACGAUGACGCUGUUACCAUCAAGGCCGACGACCACAUCGACUUCAUCACUCUCACCUACCAAGCGCGGGACUCAGGUCGUGUGGAACAUUACAAUCUGGUUUUGAAAGAUAUUCCCUCGGAUACGUUCUUCCCUGAUACAAGGUUCCUCGCGCGGGCAACGAUGCCCUCCGCAGAGUUUGCACGCGUCGCACGCAACCUCUCCCGCCUCAGCGACACCGUGUGCAUCGAGAUCUCUAAGAGAGGCGUCCGUUUCAGGACUGGCAGUAGCUCCUUCUCCUGCACCGUCUUCCUUCCCCAGGCGGAUCCUGCCCUGUCACCACCCAUGGAGGAGCCUGCGAAUCCUCAGCAGGACGUUCAAGAUGAACAUCGGGACGAGGAAGAAGAAUUUGGAGAGAAGGAUGAGGAUCCGGGCGACGUUAUGAUGAACGGACCCGACGAGAACUCCGACGCGGAGACUUUGCGGUCACGCAAGCAUAAGAGAGCGUCGUCUAAGAUCUGUCUGCAGGGGAAGCCCACAAAAGAAGCGGGGAAGGGCCCGUGCGAUGCCAACGACGUGGCUCACAAGGGCGUCAGCGUUGAGGUGGACGAGACUAUGGCGCUCACGGUCGGCUUGAAGUACCUUCUCAGCUUCGUCAAGAGUACCGAACGUUCGAACGCCCCCGUCGUCCAGCUCAGGAUGGACGACAAGUCGCCUUUGAUCGUGUGUCUGUUCUCCUGCUUUGCUUUGUUUAUCCUUGCGUCCUUGCUUCACAGGGCUCUCCUCCCCAAUUUCUGCCCGUGCCGUGUUCUCUUUUGGUCAUUUGAGCUUUCUUCCUGCCUCCCGCUGCUAACGAUCGCGCCUACUGCAGGUUUCGUAUGA